ACGUCACGCAUAUGCGCAUGCAUAGGGGCUGGUGGACAGGCUGUCGCCGGGAGGCUGGAAAAUCUUAUGGAAAACCAAACCAACAUUGGAGUAUUAAUAGCAGCGGUGUCUUACACUUGUAUCACAGCGUUUAAGAGGCAGGCCGCCGGCUCUUCUGACUGCGUACUUGAAGUAUAAAAGCCGGUCAUUAUGGAGCAUUGCUGGAGAUUGACGGCGGGUACCUCCCAACAGGAGCUGCUUUAUAGCUCCCGUAGCUACCCCAUGUGAGCCUCUAUUUUAGCAGGCGCACAUGUCUUUUUUUAUUUUGUGGUACUGCAUAAGUUAGCCUCUGUUUUCAUCCAGGGUUAGUCAGCUCUCUGCGUUUAUUCAUCUGUACCUGCUCAACAUCCGUCUGCUUCCAAGAAGACAUAUGUCCGGGACCCACUACUGAGAGUCUGUUUCUCACAAUAUUUAAAAUAAUUCAAUGAAAAUGAAGUCGUCUCUGGCUCCUGGGAUAAGACUUAUCACCAACUUUUCUCGGGAUAGUUGGUAUCGUGGUUUUAUUCUCAUCCUCACCUUCCUGUUCUACACAGCCUAUCACUUGUCACGGAAACCUAUCAGCAUUGUUAAGAGUGAACUGCACAGAAACUGCUCCAACGUCAUUCAGCCAAAAGACAUUAAUAUAACCAAUAAUGUUACCUGGUGUGAUUGGCCACCCUUUGACCAGGACAACUAUCAGACACUGUUUGGGGUCUUGGAUAACUGCUUUCUGGUUGCUUAUGCCAUCGGGAUGUUUUUCAGUGGGAUAUUUGGUGAGCGUCUCCCUCUGCGGUACUACCUGAGUAUUGGGAUGUUGAUGAGUGGGUUGUUCACAUGUCUGUUUGGCCUCGGUUUCUACUGGAACAUCCACUCACUGGGGUACUACGCCUUCGUCCAGGUCAUGAACGGGCUGGUGCAGACCACCGGUUGGCCAGCAGUGGUGGCUUGUGUUGGCAACUGGUUUGGAAAGGGGAAGCGUGGCUUCAUCAUGGGUGUGUGGAACUCCCACACCUCAGUGGGAAACAUCCUGGGCUCCCUCAUUGCGGGAGUCUUCGUCUCCACGGCCUGGGGAUUAUCCUUCAUCGUCCCCGGAAUCAUCAUCGCCUGCACUGGGAUCCUGUGCUUCUUCUUCCUGGUUGAGAAACCUGAAGACGUGAACUGCUCAUCUCCUCAGCAUCAUAGUGGUCAGGAGAGGAGUCAGGAGGGUGGUGAGACGGCGCCUCUCUUGCGGGACUCAUCCAUUGUUCAUCCAUCCAUCAAUGGAGCCGUCUCCACUGAGCCAGACGUGAUUGUUGAGGAGCACAGCGAGGCCAUCAGCUUCCUCGGAGCGCUGCGCAUACCUGGCGUGGUGGAGUUCUCGCUCUGUCUGCUUUUUGCCAAACUGGUCAGCUACACCUUCCUCUACUGGCUUCCUCUCUACAUCUCAAAUGUUGCACAUUUUGAGGCAAAAGAAGCAGGAGAUAUGUCGACAUUAUUUGAUGUCGGAGGAAUCUUGGGAGGCAUCUUGGCAGGCCUUGUGUCUGACUACACUGGGGGGAGGGCGUCGACGUGCUGCGUCAUGCUGGUUGUUGCUGCCCCCAUGCUUUUCCUCUAUAAUAACAUUGGGCAGAGGAGCCUCGGUACUACAAUCGGUAUGCUGUUAUUGUGUGGAGCCCUGGUGAAUGGACCUUAUGCUCUUAUCACAACUGCUGUAUCUGCUGACCUGGGGACACACGAGAGUCUGAAAGGAAACGCCAGGGCGCUGUCGACAGUGACCGCAAUUAUUGAUGGGACAGGAUCAAUAGGAGCUGCACUGGGUCCUCUGCUGGCCGGUGUGAUCUCACCAACUGGCUGGAACAACGUCUUCUACAUGCUCAUCUCUGCUGACGUCUUAGCCUGCCUGUUUUUGUCCAGGCUUGUUUACAAGGAAGCUCAGAGAUGGUGUGGGUGUGGACCCAGAGCCAGAGGGUUCAAUGAGCUCUGAAAUCAAAGUGAAAACCAAAACACACAAAGGGAGGAAACAAUGAUGAAACUGACCUCACCGUACAACCAACUAACUCUUUUUUUUUUAACCUCCAACUUGGACAAUCUUCUGCUGAGCUGAUGAUUGAAGCCUUCUAACUGUACGACAGUAUGCUUCUAUAAGGAGACAAAUGUCUUUUUGAGGACUAAUCCACUCAUUCUUACUUGUUUUUAAUGUUCUUUUAGCAUUAAAUGGUUUACACUGUUUUUUUUCUUAUUGGGUCUUUUUUUUGUCUCCUUGGUGUUUGUGCCCUUUCAAUGGCAUUUUAGGCAAACAAGCUGGAACACUGGCUGAGUCAGAAACUGCUUCAGAGGGUUUUACAUGCAGUAGAAAGUCACCGUGUAACUGAAAACUAAGUGUAAGGAACUAAGUAAGAAAGUUUUGUGAUUUCAAAUUUGGAAAUUGGCUAACACUUUAUAAUGUGGCCGUGACUAACAGGGUUCGUGUAACAUGCCACGUGUGUAGUCAGUACAAUCAGUGGUGUGAAAGGAGAGAAGUGAUACUGUAAAUAAUUUUAAAUACUACAGGCAUAAGUACACUGUAAUACAAUUUAAAUUGUGAAUAAGUAAUUUUCUUUUUUUUUUUUCUUCUUUUUUUUCUUUUUUUUUCUCUUUUCUUUUUUCCGUUCUUUUUUUUUUUCUUUUUCUUUCUUUCUCUUUCUAUGGAAACUGUAGAAGUUAAUAUUCACCUCAAAAACUAAUUACCGCACCACUACCCAAGCCACAGCACGAUGAACAGGAGUAGUGAGGUGUGCAGAUCACUGCACACACAGCUCUUUUCCGUCUAUUUCUGUUGGCAUUUUCUCUGGGAAUUGAUUCAGAAUUUGUACCUCAAAAUCUUCCAAAACAUGUCAGAAGCACAAGGAGUUGCCUGACUUGUUUAAUUGUACAACAGAUACAUGUGUUUGGAAGCCAGAUGGACCUUGAAGAACAGUCCAGAUUCUCCUCAACAGACGUGAAUAAGUAAUUUUAAGUACUGUUUAACAUUUUUCUUGAUAAUUUUGCAGAAAAACAAACAAUAUUUCUGUAUGUUACAUUGCAAAUACGUUGUACUUUUCAGUGUUUUGGUCAUAUUAUGAGCUGGUUUAACCUUCCAGAGCUUCCAGAAAAUUAAAAAUGACUUACCUACAAAUACAAUUUUAUGUAAUUUUAAGUAGCUAAGUAAGUAAUAUGACCCCAGCUACAAAAAUACAGCGGAAACUAUUGUGAAAUAUUGUGUUUUUGCCCCAAAUAACAUGAAAUUGCACAAUACUUAAAUUACUAACAGUAUAAUUUGUGUCUCCUUUAUUUUCUUGGAAGUUAGGCAAGGUCAUGUCAAUCUACGGCCCAUAGUACGACGUACUUAUGAUGAAAGCUGGGGAAUUAUUGAUUGUUUUUCCACAAAAUUACCAAGAAAUUAACUACACAGUAGUUUACUUGUAGUUAACUAAAGCUAGAGACUGUUGGAUCAGAUGGUUUUACCAGUCUUGCAUGAGGCAUGGGGUCACGAAGCUACUUCCCUGAAGCUUUUCAUGUUAACUUUUUGAAGGAAGAUUUUUUUAAGUUGAAUAAAAAUGCUGUCAGUUCUGCUGCUGUAUGUGGUAGAUUUAAACUAAAAGAGACGAUCGGUUUCUAGUGUAGAUUAUUGAACAGCAAAUAGAAAAAUUAUUAUUUUUUCUUAUAUUGUUUCUUAACACUGUAAAGCUAAACUGCCGGAAAUGCAAACUUCUUUUGAAACUUGAAUGUUUAUUAAGCCUCCUGACAAAUAAAAAAAAGAAAUUUGCACAUGA